AUAAACCAAUUUCUUCCCCAUAAAAAAUACAAAUACAAAAGAGUUUCGCGGCUAUUACCCCCAAAUAUUUUCAAUCAUCUUCUCCCCCAUUUUAUCUGCCGCAAGUUUAUUCAAAAUUAACCUAACGAAUUUCUCUCAUCUGUAUCGCAGCUCAUGGUUCUGAGAUUUGAUUGAGAAGCUGAAUCAGUUUCAAUUGAUUUUAGGCAUGGCUCCAGCAAGAAAAUCUAGAAGUGUAAAUAAGCGGUUUUCUCCUACAACUGAAAUCUCUCCCAGUAAAGAUGACAGUGCGAAGAAAAACUUGCGGAAGAGGAAGUUGUCCGACAUGCUUGGUCCUGAGUGGAGUGAGGAAGACCUGACACGCUUCUAUCAAGCAUACCGCAAGUAUGGUAAAGAUUGGAAAAAGGUUGCUGCUGCAGUGAAACCCCGAACUUCAGAAAUGGUGGAAGCUCUUUACAUGAUGAAUAGGGCUUAUUUAUCUCUUCCAGAGGGGACUGCAUCUGUGGUUGGGCUGAUUGCCAUGAUGACUGAUCACUACUGCAACUUGGCAGCAAGCGACAGUGAGCAAGAAAGUAAUGAGGAUGCUGGAACGUCUCGAAAACCUCAAAAACGUUCUCGGGGUAAAGUUCAGUCUAAUAUUUCUAAAGCAUCUGAGAUGACAUCUCCGACAUUAGCAGCUAGUCAUGGUUGUUUAACUUUGUUGAAGAAGAAGCGUUCAGGAGGAAGCCGGCCUCGUGCUGUUGGGAAAAGAACUCCACGCUUUCCUGUUUCUUUUUCUUGUGGAAAUCCCAAGGGUGAAAAGUAUUUUUCUCCUAGUAGGCAGAGUUUGAAACUACAGGCAGAUGACACUGAUGAUGAUGUGAAGAUAGCAUUAGUUUUAACAGAAGCUUCACAAAGAGUUGGCUCUCCUCAGGUUUCUCAGACACCGAACCGUAGGACGGACAGCGCUAUGUCCUCACCUGUUGAGACAGCUGAAAGAAAUUGUGUUAAAAUAGGUAUGGGAAAUGCCAAGCUUCUUAGUAAUGAAGUGGACGAAGAAGAGGGAAGCAUGGAAGCGGACACUGGAGAGCUUUUGCGGUAUAAGAAUGAUUCGGUGGAAACUGGAACCUUUGGUCGAACAGCACAGAAGGGAAGAAGAUCUUAUGGUAAAAAGUUGGAAAUUGAUGAUAAUGGAGCCAAUCAUUUUGAUGAUAUCAAAGAGGCAUGUAGCGGUACAGAAGAAGGUCAAAUAUUGGGUGUUGUGAGGGGUAAACUUGAAAUGGAGGCCACAUAUGAAAAGAAUUCAAGGACCUCUUUACAAGGCCCUAGAAAGAGGAGCAAAAAAGUUCUUUUCAGCAGAGACGAAAGCACCGCUUUUGAUGCUCUACAAACGUUGGCUGAUUUGUCUCUGAUGAUGCCAACAGCAGAAAAUGAAGAUGAGUCCAUGAUCCAGUUCAAUGAUGAAAUUGAUGAUCAUGUUGAUGAAUCUGGCUCCUUGGAGGCCGUGCCUGCAAACAGACAAAGAGACAAACGUGGAUCUGGGGGGGUUAGAUCUAGAUGGAGUCAACCUUUAUCAAAGUUUGAAGUUGUUUCCGCUACAAAAUCAAAGCAUGGUAAAGUUACAUCUACUGAUGUUACUGCUGUUCCCGAACCAAAGCAGGCGAGGAGGGCACAUAAAGCAAUGUCGUCUAAGGCUCGAAAAACUGAAGGUCAUGUUAACAAUAAUGUUACUGGAUCUGAGGAAGCUGAGGCAAAAGAAGCAUCAAAGAAGUCAACCAAUAAGGGUAAAAGAUCCUAUCAGAGUGCAUCCCCGAAAUUAAUCAAAGAUCAAGAGCCUUCAUCAUGUGCAGAUCCAAGAACAGAACGAAGUGAUUCAGCUCAAUCAACUGCAGAGAUCCCUGUGGCAAACCAGGUUAACUUACCUACUAAAGUUAGAAGCAGGCGUAAGAUGGACCUGAAAAAACCUCAAAGACAAAAAGAUUUGAAAAUUCCUGAUAAAAGUUUGGAUGAUACUAGUGCUUCCUUCACUGCACUUCAUGACAGAGCAUUCAGUCUUAAGGAAAAGAUUUCCAAUUGCCUUUCUAACCAUCAGGUACGAAGAUGGUGUACGUAUGAGUGGUUCUACAGUGCAAUUGACUACCCUUGGUUUGCCAAAAGGGAUUUUGUGGAGUACCUGAAUCAUGUUGGAUUGGGACAUGUUCCAAGGUUAACUCGUGUUGAAUGGGGUGUCAUAAGAAGUUCUCUCGGAAAACCACGGCGAUUCUCUGAGCAAUUUCUGAAUGAAGAAAAGGAGAAGCUUAAUCAAUACCGGGAAUCUGUCAGAACACAUUACACUGAACUUCGUGAAGGUACCAGGGAAGGACUACCCACAGAUCUUGCAAGGCCAUUGUCAGUUGGGCAACGUGUCAUUGCAAUCCAUCCAAAAACAAGAGAGAUUCAUGAUGGAAGUGUACUGACAGUUGAUCGCUCAAGAUGUCGUGUUCAGUUUGACCGACCUGAGCUCGGGGUUGAAUUUGUCAUGGACAUUGACUGUAUGCCUCUAAAUCCAUUUGAAAACAUGCCCACACUACUUACAAGGCGUGCAGAUGCUGUUGACAAGUUUUUUGAGAGUUUUAAUGAGCUCAAGGUGAACGCACGAGCAAAUGAGUAUAUGAAAUUUCCGGCCUGUGACAACAUGGAGAAUGGAAAUGUUUUCUCUCAUUUCUCCCCACCAAGUCAUCCUAUCAGUGAUCUCCUAAAGCAGACAAAGGUGGCUUCAGCAGAAGUGGAUAUGCAAUCUAGAUCUGGAGUCGUGGAAACUGCCACAUAUCAAUCGACAGCAUAUUCAAAGUCUUCUGGGGUCGCUCAGAUUCAAGCAAAGGAAGCUGAUGUUCAAGCUCUUGCUGAGUUGGCCCGUGCCCUAGACAAAAAGGAAGCAGUGGUUUCAGAGUUGAGGCGCAUGAAUGAUGAUGUGUUGGAAAACCAAAAGAGCAAUGAUUGUUCUCUUAAGGACUCAGAGCCUUUCAAGAAGCAAUAUGCUGCCAUGCUAAUACAGUUAAAUGAGGUCAAUGAGGAGGUUUCUUCUGCUCUAUAUCGCUUGAGACAGCGGAAUACCUAUCAGGGAAGCAUUCCACUCGCAUUCCCAAGGCCAGUUCCAAAUUUUGCUGUUCCUAGUACGUUGAGCACUUUUGAUCGUUGUACAAGUCAGCCGCAAGAAUCAGGGUUCCUUGUCAAUGAGAUAAUAGAAAGUUCAAAAAUCAAAGCCCGGACUAUGGUAGAUGCAGCAGUGCAGGCGAUGCUUUCACUUACUGAUAGAGACAACACCACUGAAAAGAUUGAGGAGGCUAUUGGUUAUGUGAAUGAUCGGAUUCCACUAGAUGAUUCUUGCAUGCCAACUCAACCUACUGAUCCUAAGUCAAAGAAUAUGUCAGAUAAAAAUGAAGCAGAAGUUCCUUCAGAACUUAUUACUAAAUGCGUCGCUACUUUGCUUAUGAUUCAGAAGUGUUCGGAGCGACAGUUCCCACCAGCUGAUGUAGCAAAAGUACUGGAUUCCGCUGUAGCAAGCUUACAACCCUGUUGCUCACAGAACUUUCCAAUCUAUGCGGAAAUACAGCAGUGCAUGGGAAUAAUCAGAAACCAAAUUCUGGCAUUAGUACCGAUGUAGACCAUGUAUUAUCAACACUUAUUUUCUUGGCUCUUGUAAAUUCACCAUGUAGAUAACUAGCCUUAUUCAUGGUUCAGCUCUCAAAUCAAUGCAAACUCACUUUUUUGCUGCCACUUCCCAUUGUUCUUCAAUGGUGAUUUCUAUAUUUUUUUUCCUCAUAAUGGAGGCUAGUCUUUACUUGAUCAGUUUCCACUAUAACUAGUCUAAUGGUGGCUUUGCUGAACCUGUAGCUACACCUGCUAAUUGGCUUGGAAGUUUAGAGGCAUGAAAUAAUAGAAAUUUUAGAUUAUUCUUA